CUACCUCACCUCAGUCCCGAGGAACAACUCGAAUCCAACAGAGAGACACACCAACCAAGUCACACACACACACACACACAACAUACACACAAUGGCGCCCCGGCUGCCGGCGCGCUGCUGGCAGCAGCUCGCCCUGCGCCCAUCCUCCACCGGCCUCCUCCUCCUCUCCCCUCCCACCGCCACAUCCCAACAGCGACAACAACUCGUGCUAUCACAACCACCGACGUACACGCAGCAGCGGACGGUCAAGACGGGGUGGUCGACGCUGCCCGCGCGCGGGGCCAAGCCGUACCGGUUCAACCAGACGACGUCGGGCCUGCCGGCGCCGACGACGGGGCCCGCGGCGGCGCUGAGGCGCAAGGAGCGGACGACGCCGGUGCGGGCGGGGGUGCUGGCGAUCAAGAAGGGCAUGACGGUGUUUAUGGGCCGGCGCGGGGCGCGGAUCGCGUGCACGGUGCUGCAGAUGGACCGGGUGCAGACGGUGCUCAACAAGACGCGGUCGCGGCACGGGUACUGGGCCGUGCAGGUGGGCAUGGGCGAGCGGCAGCCCGGCAACGUGGGCGCGCCGCUGCUGGGCUACUACGAGGCCAAGGGGAUGGCGCCCAAGGAGGUGCUGGCCGAGUUCCGCGUGCGCGACGAGCGGGGCCUGCUCCCCGUCGGCGUGCAGCUCCAGCCCGACUGGUUCCGGGUCGGCCAGCGGGUGGACGUGCGGGGCUACUCCAAGGGUAAGGGGUUCGCGGGCGGCAUGAAGCGGCACGGGUUCGCCGGGCAGGAGGCCAGCCACGGCAACUCCAAGAACCACCGGACCAUCGGCUCGGUCGGCCCCAGCCAGGGCAGCGGCUCGAGGGUGCUGCCGGGCAAGAAGAUGCCCGGGCGGAUGGGCGGCGAGCGCGUGACGGUGCAGAACCUGCCCGUGCUCAUGGUGGACAACGACCUCGGCAUCAUCGUGGUCAAGGGCUGCGUCGCCGGCCCCAAGGGCGGCGUCGUCCGGGUCCAGGACGCGUGCAAGAAGGACCCGCCCCCGCAGGAGUUCAUCGACAAGACCCGCAAGCUGCUCGAGGAGCGCUUCCCGGACGCCGAGGCCCACCUGCAGGCCGCCCGCCGGCGCCACCUGGAGCUCAAGGCGGCCAGGCGGGAGAAGAGGAUAGCCGAGCUCAUGUCCCGGGGCGUCGAGGGGUCCGAGGAGCACGCCGACGCGAUCGAGCAGAUCCUGGCGGCCGAAGCGAGUAAGGAGUCUGCGGCUGCGGAACAGGCGCAGGCUUCGUUCUGAAACUGAAACUGCGAAAGGGCGGCUGCUCUGUUUCCAUGGUGGCCAGAGAUCCUGACUUGACGAUUUGGAAAAGUGAAGGAAGGGAAGCAAAGGGUUCGGAGAGAGGUUUGGAGGGGGAUAUCUUUUUGUACGCUUGUGUCUCUUGUAUCAUAUCAAAACAAUAUACAAUA